AUGUCACAACUCGCCCACAAUAUUCAGCUCUCUAUUUUUGAGCCCAUUGCCAACUAUCGUGCUAACCGCAUCGUAUGCACAAUUGGUCCUAGCACGCAGAGUGUCGAAGCGCUCAAGGGUCUUAUGAAGAGCGGUAUGUCUGUUGCACGCAUGAACUUCUCACAUGGCAGCCACGAGUACCACCAGGCGACAAUCAACAACGUGCGUACUGCGGCUGCUGAGCUCGGGCUUCACAUCGGCAUCGCGCUCGACACAAAAGGGCCAGAGAUUCGCACUGGUCUUUUUGUGGGCGGCGAGGCCGUUCUGAACCCGGGCGACACAGUUUUCGUGACGACCGAUCCUGCCUUUGAGAAGAAAGGAACGAAGGAGAAGUUCUACGUCGACUAUCCGCGCCUUGCCACGGCCGUGCGCCCCGGUGGCUCUAUUUACAUCGACGACGGUGUGCUGGAUCUCAAGGUGCUGAGCAAAGAGGACGAUUGUACACUGAAGUGCCACGCAAACAACUUCCACCGCCUGACGGACCGCAAGGGCUGCAACCUGCCGGGCUGCGACGUGGACCUGCCGGCAGUGUCAGCAAAGGACCGUGAGGACCUGAAGUUUGGCGUGGAGCAGGGCGUUGACAUCAUCUUUGCCUCGUUCAUCCGCACAGCGGAGCAGGUGCAGGAGGUACGCGCUGCCCUUGGCGAAAAGGGCAAGGACACCCUUGUCAUCUCUAAGAUCGAGAACCACCAGGGUGUACAGAACAUUGAUGGCAUCAUUGCGGUGAGCGACGGUAUUAUGGUGGCACGCGGCGACCUCGGAGUGGAGAUCCCAGCGGAGAAAGUCGUCGUGGCGCAGAUGAUGCUCAUCAGCAAGUGCAAUGUGGCCGGAAAGCCAGUUAUAUGCGCGACGCAGAUGCUCGAGAGCAUGACAGCAAACCCACGGCCAACACGCGCGGAGGUGUCGGACGUCGCCAAUGCCGUCUUCAACGGUGCUGAUUGUGUGAUGUUGUCAGGUGAGACGGCGAAGGGAAAGUACCCAAAUGAAGUUGUGAGGUACAUGGCUCGCAUCUGCGUGGAGGCGCAGAGCGCCACCAACCAAUUCGUCAUGUUUAAUAGCAUUAAGUGUAUGCAGAAGAUUCCCAUGUCACCUGAAGAGGCGGUCUGCUGCAGCGCUGUGAACUCCGUGUAUGAAGUGCGAGCGAAGGUGCUACUUGUUCUGAGUAACUCAGGCCGAAGCGCGCGGCUCACGAGCAAGUACCGCCCUGACUGUCCCAUUAUCUGCGUCACUACCCGCAUGCGGACGUGCCGGCAGCUAAACGUCACACGGUCAGUGGAGAGCGUCUUCUACGAUGCUGAGCGUUGCGGCGCUGAUGAGGACAAGGAGAACCGCGUGCAGCUCGGCGUGGAGAGCGCCAAGAAAAAGGGCUACGUUGUUCCGGGGGAUAUCGUGGUCGCCGUGCACGCGGACCACAAGGUGAAGGGCUACCCCAACCAGACCCGCAUCAUCUAUGUAAGCUGA